AUGCUGACCCCAAUGGUGGCUGGAGGGGUGGUGUUCCCCGGACUCUUCCUGCUCUCCAAGAACACGCUCCAGCGGCUGCCCCAGCUGCGCUGGGGGGAGGCCGACGCGGUCAUUGUCUCAGCCAGGCUAGUGUCCUCUGUCCAAGCCGUCAUGGCCUCCACAGCUGGCUACAUCGUCUCCACCUCCUGCAAGCACAUCAUAGAUGACCAACACUGGCUUUCCUCUGCCUACACGCAAUUUGCAGUGCCCUACUUCAUCUAUGACAUCUACGCCAUGUUCCUCUGUCACUGGCACAAGCACCAGGUCAAGGGGCACGGAGGGGACGAAGGGGGGACCAGAGCCCCGGGCAGCACCUGGGCCGUGGCACGCGGCUACCUGCACAAGGAGUUCCUCAUGGUGCUCCACCAUGCCGUCAUGGUGCUCGUGUGCUUCCCACUGUCGGUGGUGUGGCGUCAAGGCAAGGGAGAUUUCUUUCUAGGCUGCUUGCUGAUGGCAGAGGUCAGCACCCCCUUCGUCUGCCUUGGCAAGAUCCUCAUCCAGUACAAGCGGCAGCACACGCUGCUGCACAAGGUGAACGGGGCCUUGAUGCUGCUCAGCUUCCUCUGCUGCCGGGUGCUGCUCUUCCCCUACCUGUACUGGGCCUACGGGCGGCACGCGGGCCUGCCCCUGCUCGCAGUGCCGCUCGCCAUCCCGGCCCACGUCAACCUGGGCGCCGCGCUGCUCCUAGCCCCGCAGCUCUACUGGUUCUUCCUCAUCUGCCGCGGGGCCUGCCGCCUCUUCCGGCCCCGGGGCUCCCGGCCGCCCUCCCCCUGUCAGACCCAGGACUGA